AUUCAUCGCCUGAACUCUGACCAAGCACGUCACCUGCAGUCCUCGGUAAUGAUGACCAAAUGGACCACUAUCCACUGACCCUUCACUGACCAUCCAGGAGCCUCAUUGCUCCGUGUGUUCCUCAGCAUGGGGGACACUGUCCAAAUGCACUUCAGCACGGUAGAUUAUGUGAUUUUCGUCGUGCUAUUAGUGGCAUCCGCAGGAAUCGGCCUUUACUACGCCUUCUCAGGGGGUCGGCAGAGGACCACACAGGAGUUCCUGCUGGCCGACCGUAGCAUGCGCUGCCUUCCCGUAUCACUUUCACUGUUAGCCACCUUUCAGUCAGCUGUGGCCAUCCUGGGUGCCCCGUCUGAGAUCUACACCUAUGGCACACAGUACUGGUUCCUAGGCUGCUCCUACUUCCUGGGCCUGCUCAUUCCUGCACACAUUUUCAUCCCAGUUUUCUAUCGCCUCCGCCUCAGCAGUGCAUAUGAGUAUCUGGAGCUUCGUUUUAGCAAAAGUGUUCGGAUAUGUGGCACUGUGACCUUCAUUUUUCAAAUGGUAAUCUAUAUGGGAGUUGUCCUGUAUGCUCCUGCACUUGCACUUAAUGCAGUAACGGGUUUUGACCUUUGGGGGGCAGUGCUGGCAAUGGGGCUAGUUUGUACACUUUAUACAGCAUUGGGUGGUCUGAAAGCAGUGAUCUGGACAGACGUGUUUCAGACAAUCGUUAUGUUUGCAGGGCAACUGGCAGUGAUCGUGGUGGGCACACACCAGGCAGGCGGCAUCGCUGAAGUGUGGAGGAAAGCACAAAAUGGCAGCCGUAUCGCAGGCCUUGAUCUGAACCCUGACCCUUUAGAGAGGCACACUUUCUGGACCCUAGGAGUUGGAGGUGUUUUUCUCAUGCUGGCCCUGUAUGGAGUGAACCAGGCUCAGGUCCAGAGAUACCUCAGCUCCCGCACGGAGAAAGAGGCCAUCAUGUCCUGCUAUGCGGUGUUUCCUUGUCAGCAGGUUGUGCUCACAUUGGGCUGUUUGAUGGGUUUGGUUAUGUACGCUCGAUAUGGGGAGGAAAGCCCUCUGGAUCAGGGCUACGUUACAACUAAUGAUCAGAUGGUGUUGUAUUUUGUAAUGGAUGUGUUGAGGGAUCUUCCUGGUUUGCCAGGACUAUUUGUCGCUUGCCUUUUUAGUGGAGCUCUAAGCACAAUCUCAUCUGCCUUUAACUCUCUGGCAACAGUAACCAUGGAGGACCUGAUCAAACCUCAUGUCCCAGCCAUGACAGAGGCCCGCGCCACUCUGUUAUCCAAAAUGUUGGCUCUUGCCUAUGGGCUUGUGUGUUUGGCUAUGGCGUACAUCGCGUCCUUAAUGGGGUCUGUGCUGCAGGCAGCACUCAGUAUUUUUGGGAUGGUGGGAGGACCUCUACUUGGUCUUUUUUGUCUCGGGAUGUUUUUCCCUUGGGCCAAUUCCACUGGUGCACUGGUUGGACUGGCAUCAGGACUGGUCAUGGCUUUCUGGAUCGGCAUCGGCAGCUUUGUUUCACGAAUGUCUCCCUCUGCACUACCUGUGAUCAAUGCCACCAUCAUACCCGAUGUGGGAAACAUGACGACAGCUGUCAUGACGACACUCACCACAACUAAACCCAGGCCUUCUGGAGUUCAGGCUCUGUACUCUUUGUCAUAUAUGUGGUACAGUGCUCAUAAUUCAGCUACAGUUGUGGUGGUGGGACUGGUGGUCAGCUUUCUUACAGGACCCUGGAAGGAGAAAGAUUUAAACCCAGGUACGGUUUAUCCAGUGCUUGGAAAUUUGCUGUUUUUUCUGCCUCAGCGCUACAGGGAGAAACUCUGCUGUGUAACUCCUCUGGAAGACAAGUCCAAAGAUCUGGACCGUCAACCUUACCAGAUGGCCCAGAAAGAGAGCAACGGUGUAGCCUGCACUAAAGAGGAAGACAAACUCAGGGAAGAGGAAGGAGAACGUGUAACUGCCCAACCGACUUGUAACCUCGCCCAUACUCUACAAGAAACAGCCUUGUGACAACAACAGUUCAAGGGUAACUCAAUCUCCUGCAGGCUUUAGGAGAAAAAUGUUGGUUCCGAUGCCAAAAUGGUUUAAAUGUACGACCUCACCGUUCCCUCCUAUCGAAUUGGUCCAUAAGCUGUGGUUUGUAUCUGCAAUAUUGGUACGAUGUGCCCUGAACUGCCAGUGAUGGAGGUUUGGGGGGUUGUCUGUUUAUAUGUGCUGCUUCAUGAUGCCAGUGGUCUGUUUUAUCGAAUUUGAGAUCCCGUUAAAUGAACUCGCUCAAGAGAUCAACUAAAUAAUUUUGUUUACUCGUCCUAAAAUUGAAUCUUUA